UAAAAUAGUUUGGUUUCUGCAUCCACCCCUUUCUUCGAAUCUCGACGGCUGAAACAGAUUCUAAAUUUAUCUCCGGUGAGAAAGAGAUAGAGAGCGUUGAUUCCGGCGAAAAGAUGUCUGAAUUCGAAGAUCACGAGGGAAACGGUACGGUUGCUGACGCGAUUUACGACGAAGAGAAUGGUGGCCGCGACGGCGAAAUCGAGGAUCAAUUGGACUCGAAACCCAAGAGAGAAUCGCGUGACCAUGAAAGAGAGACAUCAAGAAGUAAAGAUAGAGAAAGAGAGAAGGGUCGUGAUAAGGACAGAGAAAGAGACUCUGAAGUCUCUCGCCGAAGCAGGGAUAGAGAUGGAGAGAAAAGCAAGGAGAGGAGUAGAGACAAAGACAGAGAUCAUCGUGAGCGUCAUCACAGAAGUAGUCGUCACAGGGAUCAUAGCAGGGAGCGUGGUGAAAGAAGAGAACGUGGUGGUAGGGAUGAUGAUGAUUACCGUCGAAGCCGUGAUCGUGACCAUGAUAGGCGGAGAGAUGAUAGAGGAGGAAGACGCAGUCGUCGAUCUCGAUCUCGUUCAAAGGAUAGAUCUGAGCGCAGAACAAGGUCACGAUCUCCAUCGAAAAGUAAGCAGCGAGUCAGUGGAUUCGAUAUGGCACCUCCAGCCUCUGCAAUGUUAGCUGCUGGUGCUGCUGUUACAGGCCAAGUUCCUCCCGCUCCACCAACUCUUCCUGGGGCUGGAAUGUUUCCCAACAUGUUUCCAUUGCCGACUGGACAGUCAUUUGGGGGACUCUCUAUGAUGCCAAUUCAGGCUAUGACACAGCAGGCAACUAGACAUGCUCGCAGAGUCUAUGUCGGUGGGCUUUCCCCUACGGCAAAUGAACAGUCUGUGGCUACAUUUUUUAGUCAAGUUAUGGCUGCUGUUGGUGGAAACACUGCUGGUCCAGGUGAUGCAGUUGUUAAUGUCUACAUAAACCACGAGAAGAAGUUUGCUUUUGUGGAGAUGCGAUCUGUUGAAGAGGCAAGUAACGCUAUGUCUUUGGAUGGGAUUAUAUUUGAGGGAGCUCCGGUGAAGGUGAGGAGACCUAGUGACUAUAACCCAUCUCUAGCUGCGACUCUUGGUCCAAGCCAGCCCAGUCCCCAUCUAAACUUAGCUGCUGUUGGUCUGACUCCAGGUGCUUCUGGUGGGCUUGAGGGACCAGAUCGUAUUUUUGUUGGUGGACUUCCAUAUUACUUCACGGAAUCACAAGUGAGGGAGUUGUUGGAGUCCUUUGGAGGCCUCAAGGGCUUUGAUCUUGUAAAAGAUCGAGAAACAGGGAACUCUAAAGGAUAUGCCUUUUGUGUGUACCAAGAUCUUUCUGUUACAGAUAUCGCGUGCGCUGCCCUAAAUGGUAUCAAGAUGGGAGAUAAGACUCUUACAGUGAGACGUGCCAACCAGGGAACAAUGCUACAAAAGCCUGAACAAGAGAACGUAUUAUUGCAUGCACAGCAGCAAAUAGCUUUUCAGAGGGUUAUGUUACAGCCUGGUGCAGUGGCAACCACUGUGGUGUGUCUGACUCAAGUUGUUACUGAGGAUGAGCUUAGAGAUGAUGAGGAGUAUGGAGAUAUAAUGGAAGACAUGAGACAGGAAGGCGGAAAGUUUGGUAAGAGACCUCUUAAUUGCGCAAUAUGGUCUAUUUUGAAAUAUAAGAUUAAAAGCAUAUUGAUCUGUCUCUCUGUUUUCUUGGUUGUGCUGUUUUACAGCCUUUUGCUAUAAAGAAUCAGCCCUAACAUACACAGACAGGAGACUGCAUAAACCUCCUAAUCUAUUUAUCACCAAUGGCCACUAUUUCUUAAAAGAAAAAACUGACUUGUUUUUGUCUGUGUUUUCUUGUCUUGUAUUCGAAAUGUUUUGUUCUUUAACUCUUAAAAUGCAGGUGCUUUGACCAAUGUUGUGAUUCCGCGUCCAAGCCCCAAUGGUGAGCCAGUGGCAGGCCUUGGCAAGGUGUUUUUGAAGUAUGCCGAUACAGAUGGCUCGACUAGGGCAAGAUUCGGGAUGAAUGGUAGGAAAUUUGGAGGAAAUGAAGUCGUUGCAGUGUAUUACCCUGAAGACAAGUUUGAACAGGGUGAUUAUGGAGCCUGAUCACUUCUUUGUUUGCUUUCUAUUACUUAAAAGUUAAGUACUUUGCUUCAGUUUCAAGACCCUUUUGCGUGAUUGUAAGAGUAUGAGAUUAUCGACACGUUGCUUAUUAUAACGUUUUUAUCUCAUAUCUUUGGUCUAUUUCUUAAAUAUUUAUCUCAAAAAUUAUUCACAGAAUAACAUCAUGAGUCCCUCGUAAAACAU